GCUAGGCACACGCUCCCAUCGCAUCAAGUCAAAAAGUAUCCUACGCAGCAUGGCAUCGGACGAAUUGGCGAGGAAACUACAGCCCAGGAUGGCCGCAGAGCAGGCUCCCCAAUUCAACCCGUGUGCACCAGAGGAGACCACGGUGAAACCGAGCGACUCUGUCCCCGAGCAGCAGGAAAAAGCGGUGGUGGUCAUUGUCAAUGAUGCCACAUCGGAACUCACGGCGAAACUCACCCGGAGACUGGACAUUAACAAUGGGAACGCGGCGCCCAAGCAAGCCAAGGUAUUCAACCCCUCCACGGAAUUCAAAGAAUUCUCCCGCAAACAGAUCAAAGACAUGGAGAACAUUUUCAAACGGUUUGACAGUGGUAAGGACGGCUUCAUAGACCUGAUGGAGUUGAAGCUGAUGAUGGAGAAGCUGGGAGCUCCUCAGACCCACCUGGGCCUCAAGAACAUGAUCAGGGAGGUGGAUGAGGACUUCGACAGCAAGCUGAGCUACAGAGAGUUCCUGCUGAUCUUCAGGCGAGCAGCGGCAGGCGAACUGCAGGAGGAGAGUGGUCUGAUGGCUCUGGCCAGACUGUCUGAGAUAGACGUCUCCGCAGAGGGAGUCAUGAGGGCACGGGACUUCUUCGAGGCUAAGGUGCAGUCUCUGAAGGUGGGCAGUAAGUUUGAGGCUGAGAUCCGAGAGGAGCAGGAGGAACGGAAGAGACAGGCGCUUAUUAGGAAACAGAGACGGGCUGCCUUCAAAGAGCUGCAAUCUGCCUUCUGCUCAUAAUACAGUGCACACACACACACACACACACACACACACACACACACACA